AUGGCCUACAGGGCCCCUCCUCAUGGGAGAGAGCUGAACGCCAGAGGGGACCAGCGCCGACUAGCUAUCCAAGACCGUGUCGGUAUCUUGUCUAGGACUCUCAGCUCAAGCUCCAGCAUCAGAUGGAUCCUCCCUGCACGCAUUCGUUCUCCUUCUGACAACGACGUCGUCUUUGUUGGGCCAACGUUCGUCCAGCUUCACGAGUUCAAGGACAGCGGACAGCUGGAGGUUGUGACCGCGAAGCUCGACUUUGGUACCACAAUCACCGAUGCCAAAAUCAUCUCGGCAGAGUUGAAGUCUGUUCCUAUUGUCGAUGCCAUAUUGAAACAAGAGCGGGACCAGGAGCAGUUCAGCAUUCGUGGCCAGCCAGUCAGUGACACGCUGCCGCCACAAAUCCUUGUCCUCAUCACAAAAGACAAUGAGUUAAUCUACGUCUAUGCGAGAAAGGACGCUGGUGGAGAGGUCAGACUCGUCUUCGCAAAAAGGCCCUUCUUGGGCGGGGUCGACCUCCCCUCAAGGCAGUGUCGAGAUAUCGCCGUUGAUCCCGAAUCCCGCGCCCUUGCCGUUGCUUCACCAUCCGGCUACUUGGGAGUCUUCAAACUUCAUCACGUGGACGAGAUCAAGUCGGAAAUUGACGCCUGGGAUCCAAUAGAUCCUGCUUCUUUCCGUCCCUCAGAAGAGCAACGCUUUAUCCAAGUCGCUGGUAAAAUUUUGAUGAUGACAUUCUUACGCAGCCCCGAGGACGAUCCUACCAAGGUCAUCUUGCUCCUGUUGGUUUACUCCGGAGAAGCGGAUCAGGGGACACAUCAAUACCUCUACAGAUGGGAUACUCGCCAACCACUCCAGACAAUCCAAGCAAUGACCUGUAGUGGACGCAAAUUGAGAGAAGACCAACUGCCCUUGAUGCUGAUCCCGUCAACGCGGCCUUUUUCGUACAUUGUGGUCAUGGCAGCUGGCAUCAGCUACUAUGAGAAUAUUCAGUCUUCUCAAAUGAAGCGAGUCUACUGUCGAUGCAUGGACAACAUGAAUACAAGUCUGGAGUGGGUCCAAUGGGUAAGACCUAGACGCCACAACCAGUACCUCGAGCGGUGCGAUGAUAUAGUCAUCCUUCGAGAAGAUGGACUUUUGAAGAACUUUCUCAUUGACAAAGCAUCCAGCACAAAGUUUAGCACCAACAACACGAUUGGUCAUCUCGGUUUCAGCGUCGAUACAGCAUUCUGCAUGCUGUCCGGCCCUCCAAGGACAGGCGGUGAUAUCAUCAUAGUGGGUGGCAGUUUGACUGACGGAGGUGUCUUCCAUGUAUCCGCCCGAGGGUCGCCAGAGCGCAUUCAGCGUAUCGAGACGCUCGCCCCACUGAACGACAUCGCCCUUGGACCUCCAAUAGCAGUUGAUUCCCAAGACUCUGCCGUGUGGCAGGGCACGCCAGGCAGGCUCUACGCCUGUUCAGGUCGAUGUGAUAGGCAUGGCCAAGUGUCAGAGAUUCGUUACGGCUUGGAAGCCCAGAUCGGUUGGGAAAUGUCGUUCCCAGAGGCCGCUCUGGUUGAGCGUCUGUUCAGCCUGGAGAUACCCGGCACCAACGAACUACUGCUGCUGGCCUCUCAUACAACGAACUCGUCAAUGGUCGUGUUUGAGCUAGAAAACCAAGAGAUCUCACUGACUGAUGCUGAAAGCCACCCCGGAUUCGAUUUCGGCCAUCCUACGCUUGCUGCAACCGUUAUCGAUCAAGACACCGUGAUACAAGUCACCACCCGUGGUGUGCAUGCCAUUCUUAUUGAGGCCGACGGUGAAGUUGGCGAGUUGAACCACCUCGGAUCACGUAUUGCGCAUGCGGCCUUCUUUGAAGGCGAUCGGGCCAUUGCUACCACGAGCCGUGUCACCUCGGGCUACGAGCUCUGUCUGAUUGACAUCGAGACUUCAGAGGACGGGGCACUUCGUUUCAUGCCCGGUCAGCCUCUGAGACUGAAGCAUAUCCCCAAUGCGAUUUGUUGCGUUCAGGUGCAGAACACGCAGCUGGUUUUGAUCGGUACAUCAACUGGAGAGGUCUUGGGAUAUACUGAUACACUAAAGCUUGCCUUCGAAUUUCGAGUCCAAGACCUCAACACUAAAGUCGAGAAUGCUGCAGUGGCUUCCGUUGUUGCGUUAAAGCAGAACACAGCCGGCCCAACUCUUCUUUUAUGUGGACUCCGCUCGGGCACUGUGAUGUGCUUGGAACUCAGGGUUGACUGUCAAGACGGUUUGAAAACAGUCCUAAGGUGCGACGAUGUCUACCACAUCGGAGCAACUCCUGUACAGAUUGUGCAAGAGAAAAGUCAAUCCGGGAGCCUAGAGAACCCAUCUGCGCUCGUGCUUUGCGAAUACACCCUUCACCGCGUCACGCUCCAUCCUAACUCUGCUUUGGUCGACUACACAAUGUCUCCUCUAUGGGUGACGGAUCGAACCAAACCCUCAGCCCAGCCUCUGAUCAAUGCAGUGCACCGAAUCCCUAAGCUCGAGUCAGGACACGAACACCCGGGGGGCUUUCUGAUUUGUGCUGUCGCAGAGGAUUUGCUGUUCUGUUCUGUGAUUUCUCAGGAACACGGGAUUGCAAGACACUUGAAUCUCAAUGGCGUCCCUAAACGCAUGCUCUACUCGCGGUUCCUCCAGAGGUUUGUGGUUGCAUUCUCCAGAGAAGGCGAUCCUACGGAGGUUCCAGUCAGAAUGCACACCAGUGUGCCUCUCGAUGGCGAGAAGGACAUUUCCGACCAACCGUCAAAUAAGAUUCAGAGAGUCGGGCUACAGCUCAUCACUCCUAAUCUGCGGUAUCCCACAUCGAGGGAUUCUGAGGGUACCACCUUUGCAACCAUCGUGACUGGAGAUGACAGUGAUGUUGUCCACGAUCUCAUUGAUUGGGCACCGACAGACGGAAACAAUCACUACGAAUGGCUGGUACUUGCUAUAGAGCAGUUGAACCCUAUUCCGGGAUUGCGAGGGCCUGGUCGGGUUGUUUGUGUCAAUGCCAAAAGCUUGGGCAAGGGCAAGCCUGAUGCGAGCCCCAAACUCGCAUUCAGCAGCCGAGAGCCUAUCACAGCCAUUUGUGCGUACAAGAUGUCAUCUCUCUUGAUUGCUGCCGGCAGAGAAAUCGUCUUACAUCAUCUGGACUGGGCUACACGCAGAUGGAAAACGUUGGCAAGGCACGCUCUUCCGUCAUAUGCGAAUGCUAUCUCAUGUCAGGGGUCGCUCAUCUGCGUGGCCACACAGCAACACUCCUUCUUCGUUCUCGUGGAGAAGGAUAACAAAUUGCACCAUCGCGAGUGCGACACCAAAAUGAGAUAUGCGAAAGAUAUUGUCGUCUUGGAUGGCUCCACUGCCGUGUUCGCCUCAGCCGAUGUAGGAGUCACGAAUAUCAUCGGCUUCUUAGGGUUGAACAAGGAAACCACAGAAACGGCUCCUGCCUUUCACGCGGCUGUUCCGGGCCACAUCCACCGCUUUCGAUUGGAUACAUCACAAGGCCUUCGAAAGACUGACCGAACUCGCUUCUACGGCUGCACCAUCGAUGGAACACUUUUCCACUUUGCGCUUCUGAAGCAUAGCGAGUGGAAAUUACUUCACUUCAUAGAAGAGAUGAGCUACAUGAUCAGGAAACCGAUCAAGGCUGUGCCCAUCGAGAAGAAAGACGCGGACAACACGAGGUAUCUCUGGAUGCCUCCGGCUUUCAGGCCUAAGGAUAUGCAUGUCCAGGGAGACCGACUGCUCAUGAUGAUCGAGCAAGGUCCAUACAACCUUCGAAGCGUUCUGAGAGGGUCAGACAGGAUGGACAGUUUCAAAGCUUUGGUCGAGGAGAUCUUGGGGGAGGCGGAGGAGCCCGUGGAGGCGGUGAUUGCUUGGAUAAGAAAGUUGAUGAGAUAUCCACCACGGUCAUAG